UUGAUGUUUUUCUUUCAGUCGGAAUAUAAAAUAUGAGAUUUCCGAGUGUACCAGAACACAGCAUAGCUUGUACAUCACGUCCCAGUCCUCUGCCUACAGGGGGCGCUACUGACGCAAAUAAGCCUCAUAAAAAGGAAACAUUAUGGACGGGACCUAGGAGUAUAUAUAUAUGUAUAUUUUAUUUUUACUUUUUGGAGGAAAUGUGCUAGUUUCACUUCUAGUUCUGUGACUAAUAUGUCACGAAAGUGACAGUUUUUUGGCUGUUUAUGCACUUCACGCGACACUUCGCCACGAGCCUUAAGUAAAGCAAGGCAGGUCGGUUUGAGUCUUUUUACUCAGUUCUACAUGCUGUUUACGAGGUUUUGCAGCACAAGAAUGUCCACCACUCUCCCCCGCCAUGUUGUCUGGGAGUCAGAGCGCCUAGUGGCCUACCUUCACCCGCGGCCGUGGACGCCCGGCUCCGUGAUCUUGGAGCGCCGCGUGCCCGGAACGAUGGCGGGCAGCAUCUUUCACCUGGAGGAGGCAGAGUAUUUAUCCUGGAUGCUGGGGGCCAAGGCGGUGGCCCAGCUGCUGUGCGACAAGCUCCGGGUGCACAGGUGUGCCCUGGUCACCAGACCCCACGUGGACAGACCUGCUCAGAUACGUGUCCUCCCGUUGCACGGCCUUGAUGCAGAGUGGCGUCCUCACCAGGCAGGAGAGGAGGAGCACCACACCCACGAUCCAGGGUACUGCACCUCCAAGACGGCGCCUCGGUGGAGCGACGCCCGCCUGAAGGAAGUCCAGGCCAGGAUCCGCGCAAAGCUCCCGAACCCGGACGCACCACCCAACCUGACGUUCCUGGGCGACGACCUGUCUCACCCUGGUCUCUUCCCGCGCAUCGUCCGGGGCGAGGAGCCGCAUUGGCGGCUGUGGGAGGACGAGGCACAUGUGUCUUUCCUCACCCCGUUCCCCAAUUUGCCCGGCUUCACCGUGCUCGUGCCGCGCCGUCCUCUGUCCUCCGACAUAUUCGGGCUAGGAGAGAGCGACUACGAGGGGCUGGUGCUGGCCGCCCGCAAGGUGUCUCAUCUCCUGGAGAAGGGUUUGGGGGCGUGGGGCGUGGGUCUCAUCUUCGAGGGCUUCGAGAUCGAUUACGCCCACGCCAAGUUGAUCCCGCUGCUGCAGCUGCCGUCUUCCGGGGAAGGAAAUCACAGCACGCCGCCGGCGCCUCACCAGUGCUUCCUCUCAUAUCCCGGUUACGUCACCUCAGAGGAUGGACCCGGAGCGUCCUUGGAGAGUUUGGAGGAGAUGUAUGCCAAAAUGACCUUAAAGUAGACCUGUUAACAACGAUGAAAUUGUCAUUAAAAGACAU